AUGCACUUGGCCACCCCUAAAAGUGAGAAGGAUUUCAUUUCUCCGGGGUGCAAAGUAGAAUCCACAUUUGAGGCAAAGUCAUUUUGGCUCAUCGUCCUUGGUGCUGCUUGUCGUGAUUUCGGGAGGACCCAUUGUGCCACAUUAAUGGCGUUGAUAAACGAAAUUGAUGCUGAUCUUACUGUUACGGAAAAGGAUGUGCCCGUUUCACCGUGUGUAGUGAUUUCUGGACCACCAGGAUGCGGGAAGUCUAAUCUAGCUCGUUCUGUUCUUCUAACUUGUGCUAAAACCAACAGCAGCUUUCGUUACAUAGACGUUAGCUGCUUGGAGGUCUGCCCUUACAAAGUAACUGGCGCAGGACUGCCAUCUCGCGGUUUCCGUCUCUUCGAUCUCAUUCUGCACGAAUUCAAACAUCGUUUCCUCCCUGCUCAUUUAGAAUUCGAUCUGAGGUGUGAUAGUGCGGCCUCGUUCAUUGAAAAUGCGUGUGAACUCUUUCAUAAAAUCUCGAAAAAUGAGGAUUGUGCCGAGAAACUUCGUGAUUUAUCCGACAAUGUACUCCCCAUUAUGGUGACCCUUAACUCCCUGGUGCGUGACCACACGCGUAUCGUGUACCCAGGUGUUAUGGCAUCGAGCAUAGUGACCGUACUCCUCACAUCAUGCUCAUGGGACAAAUUCUACUCAGGGACCUUUGCCUCCGAGCCCACGUGUCUUUACUUGAAGGCGUACACCCGCGAACAGCUGGCACAGAUCCUCAUUAAGGCUGCACCCGUCGAUUCACCCCGCUACGCGAGAUUCAUCGACAUCCUUCUAACUGUUUGUCUGCCUGUCACUCGGAACACCAAUGAACUGCUCUUCUUGGCCCAGUUCAAUUGGAAGGCGUUCGACGAGCCGGUUGCGCGUGGGCUGGUGGCAGCAGAUGAUGAGUGGGGUCAAUAUCACUACGCAUUGCCAACACUCAAGCGCUCCCUGUCGACCAUAUACUUGCGACCCCAGUAUGACGAUACUCAGUCCUCUGACCUAGGCAAAUCUUGCGCUGAGAUCCGGCCGGUGCAGACAAAUUUGUAUGCGCUAGAGCUGCCUCUCUACCCCCGCUACCUCCUACUUGCCGCCUAUAUUGCCUCCUACAAUCCCAAGAAGUCAGACAAACGCUUCCUUGUCAAGAAUACCGGGAAAAUGUCCUCCAGAAGUAAACAUUAUGAAAAGAAAGUUGAGCAUACCAACUGCCACCUCUACGGCCCUCGUCUCUUCCCCCUAGACCGGUUGCUGGCGAUCUUCUAUGCGCUCCUCAACCUAGAAGGCGCCGAGGAAGGUGCGGGUUCUGCACCGGUGCCGGCGCUGACGAGUCUACUAUUGGGCUGGGUGGGAGGGCUGUGCGGUCUGGGGUUACUGGCAGCGGCGUCGAGUGCGGUAGCUGCGGGUAGCGGGGGUGUCGGUACUUUAGCCCUUGCCGGUGAGUCUGCUGGUUACUCCGAGGACCCUCUAUUCAACCCACGCUAUCGCUGCCUCCUCAACCUCGAGACAGCACGGGCAGUCGCCAAGUCUGUUAACAUCGACAUCAAUCGAUACCUCCUGGACUUUGUCUAA